CAUCCCCAUUUCCAUUUCUACUGUUUUGUCUACAUUUCUCUAUUCCUGUCUGUCUUCAGCCGUUCCAUCCACCUACCCCUGCCUUCCCUGCCCUGUUCUCAGCCAGCAAACGCACGUCCGCUGCCCGGGCCCGGGAUCUUCUGCCUCACCCACUUUACUGUAUCCUCCGCCUUGGUGCUAGACGCAUGCCCGCACGCAUGCCCGCACGGCGCACGCACGCAACUCCCACACGCACGCACACCGACAACCCAACAACCGCGACCUCGACCGCGACUGCGACUGCGACCGUGGCCGUGGCCUUGAGUGCGAUUGCGAUUGCGAUUGCGCCUGAACCUGCGACUGCGACCGCCACCACCGCCGCCAUCACCAAAGGCAUCAGGCACAGGUACAGGCACACACCACGCACAAUGCCGAUACUCCACAAGGCCACAACGUAUCACUUCACCACGAAUCUACCUGUCUACCUACCUACCUACCUCAGGGCCCUCGGCGACGGCGUACUGGACACAAGGCAGUGGGCCCCAAACUUCUUGCACCGUUCCCCAUACCCAUUUCCGCCUCGCAGUCCCAAUUUCCAAAUCCCCAAUUCCCAAUUCCUAAUCCUUAUUUCCACCCAUGCCAUCUCAAUGUCAAACUCCCCCUUCUUCCAAUCGGCUCUCUCUACAGCUAUGCGACCAUACCAGGGUGGGUAUGGGCCAGCCAAGAACAAGGCAUUUCCCGACGAAGCGACGAGGGCAAGUUGGUAUUAUUAGCGCUGCCUGUCAUGCCGGGUUGGAGUCUUUGUAGUUUUGGCUGGCCUAUGCUCACUGUCUGUUGGCUGAAGCUGUUGGGCGGGUCUUGCUCUAGUUUCUUGUGUGUUUC